AUGGAUAAUUUGCUUUACAGCAAUAAUUCAUCGAUUAAUUCAUCACUAAAAGACGAGUUCUAUGCAGAUUUCCUUGCUAAGGAUUUUGAUGUUAAGAUAUACACUGCCCAAGCUAUCCAUCAUGCUGUUAUUGCUGAACAGCUAGCAAAACUGGCACAAGGAAUCAGUCAACUUGACAAAGAGCUUCACAGCCAGGUGGUUGCCAGACAUGAAGACUUGUUGGCUCAGGCAACCGGAAUAGAGUCUCUUGAAGGGGUCCUCCAGAUGAUGCAGACGAGGAUUAGCGCGCUACAAGCCGCAGUCGACAGGAUAAGAACCAAAAUAGUUGACCCGUACAAUAAGAUCACAGCCAGGAUCACCCAAUUGAGCAGAUUACAGGUGGCUUGCGAUCUUCUGCGGAGAAUUAUUCGAAUCUUGCACCUCAGCAAAAGGCUUCAAGUUCAACUGCAGGGCGGCAGUCGGGAAAUAACCAAGGCUGCACACAGUCUCAACGAGCUAGAUUAUCUGUCUCAAGGAGUCGAUUUGAGUGGCAUUGAGGUGAUUGAGAAUGACCUGGUACUGAUCAGUAGAGCAAGGCUGGAGGUGGAGAACCAGGCCAAACGAUUACUGGAGCAGGGCAUGGAAAUUCAGAAUCCAACGCAGGUUGGCACAGCCUUGCAGGUUUUCUACAACCUCGGUAGUCUGAGGGAGACCAUCAGCGCUGUUGUGGGCUCUUACCAGAAUAGCAUACAAGACAACAUCGUCAGUGCUCUGGACAUCAAGGGUCUGACGCAAUCAACAAACCCCAGAGGCGCCCCUGGAAGAGCAGUUCUCCCAACCCCAGGCAGCACGGCAACUUUUCGCGCUGCUCUUUGGACAAACUUGGAGAAACUCAUGGACCAGAUAUGCGCCGCGUGCAAACAAGUGCAACAUCUUCAAAAAGUCCUCAUGAAGAAGCGAGACCCCGUCACUCAUAGGUGUUUCAUCGAUGAGCUUAUUAAGGAUGGCGACCAUGAUAUCCUCUACACCUUUUGGACUGACGUAACCACCAAACUAAGAGAAGAAUUUCACGCAGCAACUCAAGCCUCGUCAUUCCUGAAGCAAGCGUUUGAAGGAGAGUAUCCCAAAUUGUUGCGACUCUACAACGAGCUUUGGCGCCGUCUCCAGCAGUAUAGCGCUAGCUUGCACAGCUCGCUGAUGAACACUAGCGGUACAGAUGCUACUCUGGAGCCAGAAACGGACAACUUUGAUUUGUUCUCUCAGGGUAAACCAGACUACAACCCGGAGAAGGUUCUGAAGGAUUCUCUUCAUCCGUAUGAAGCGGCAUACUUGUCCAAGUCUCUUUCUCGUCUGUUUGAUCCUAUAAAUCUCGUAUUCCCAAUGGGUGGGCGCAACCCACCUUCCAACGAUGAGUUGGAGAGCAUCAUCAAGACCAUCAGUAGCGAAUUAAAUGUAGCAUCUAUAGAUUCCGAUCUCUCGCUUGCUGUUGCCAAGAACGCGGCCAAGACCGUGCAGCUCUUCUGCGUCAAGUCUGAACAACUGUUGUGUACUCAGAGUGAUGCCAGUCAGGUGAUCGCGCCAUUAACUGAAGGUCAGAGACGGAACACUGCAGUGGUCAACUCACUUUACCGUCUACAGCAGGCUGUUGCCAAGAUUAUUUCAGGUUUGGGGUCAAAUCUGGUAGCUCCAACAGAGGCUCUUUCUUCUUCUUUGGAGGAAGUGCAGUCCUUGAUGAACAGCGCAGUCCAUCCUCUAUUGCAGUCAGUAAGCGAUUCCAUAGAGGCCAUAAUUAUCACGUUACACCAGGAGGACUUCUCAGGAAAGCUGCCAGAGUCGGAUAAGCCUGAUGUCCUCUGCUCCCUCUACAUGAAGGAGUUACAGGGCUUUAUUUCAAGAGUCAUGACAGACUACUUCAGACAUUUCGAGUGUAUAGAUUUCAUCUACGAAAGCACGGAAUCCAUAGCUCAGCGUGCCAUCGAGCUGUUCGUACGACAUGCUAGCUUGCUCCGCCCACUGGGCGAAGGUGGGAAGAUGCGGUUGGCGGCUGACUUUGCACAGAUGGAGAUGGCUGUCGCUCCACUAUGCAGACGAGUGUCUGAUUUGGGCAAACCUUACAGAGUGCUUCGGUCCUUUAGACCGCUGCUGUUUCAGGCGAGCAAUCUGAUUGUCAAGAGUCCAGCUGUGGGUGACUUGAUCCCUUACAGCACCGUGCUUCACUUCCUGUUCUCAAGAGCGCCACCUGAACUUAAAUCGCCUCACCAGAGAGCAGAGUGGUCCAUCGCACGCUACUCCCAGUGGAUGGACGAUCAUCCCUCAGAGAGGGAUCGUCUCGCGCUUAUGAAGGGAGCUUUGGAGGCGUACGUCCAGUCCGUAAGGGCUCGCCAGGGAAAGGAAUUUGCGCCGAUAUAUCCCAUAAUGCUCCAGUUGUUGCAGAAAGCUACUUCAUCGGAAGCACAUGGAUAA